AUGGGUUCCCCCAACGUCUUGAAAACCGACCCUCGACCUCGACCGCCAGUAGCGAUUCCUUUCCUGUCUGGAGGGAGGCAUCGCCAGUGCAUUCCUGGCAUCCUUGCCAACCCCUCCACUGACCCAAUGACGUCCCCCGUCCCAGCUGCACCGUGUCCUCGCAAACGAACCAAGACAUUUACAGGGUGCUGGACGUGCCGUGCAAGGAAGCUGAAGUGCUCAGAGGAGAAACCGACGUGCCGACAAUGUACGACCAAGGGUCUCGAGUGCGAGGGCUACGGUGCUAGGCUACAAUGGCUGGCCCCAGAGACGGGUGUGCCCGACGCUCACACAGUCCCAGCGCCUGUUAGGACCACGGGGUCUUCACGGCCACAACCGACAUGCAUCAUCGAGUCCGCGCAGAUCGAUGAGAUCUUGACCCAAAUCGACACGGAACAGCCUCUCACAGACGAGGCUGAAACAACCAUAGUUCACGGCCCUUUUUCAGUGUUUGCCGCACGCCCGCCGGCAACGAAUUCGCAGAAUCUGUCAGCAGAGGAGCUACCACUGUUCCCUGCUAUCCCUGACGUGGACCUCGAGCGUUCUUGUGACAUCGCUCCUUCGCUUCUUGAACGUGAUCACUCGCCCAGUCUGGACUUCGACCAUCUAGGUUAUGCUCAUCCUCUGCAUCAUGAAACUUCGCCCGUAGCAACCCCAAGCCUAGUUGGCUCCCUGGGUGAUUUCGGAACCGCACUCAAGAGCCCUACCUUGGAGUCGGGGUUUCGUGCUUACUACAGCAGCCCCUACUCGGCCAAUACGUCGUUUCAGCAAAACUUCAAUUGGUCACCAACUAAAGAAUCACCGUUCGACGAGGAUGAAGAAGACCCAUCGUCGUCUGCGUUGCUCAGGUCAAAGCCGCGCUCGGUCUUUUUAUCCCCUGACGAAUGCUUCCUUAUGCAGCACUACGUGCAGAAGGUGGUGAAGAUAUUUUGUGUCGUCGACAACCCCAAGAGCCCCUGGAGAGCCUUGCACCUCCCACGGGCAUUGCAGAGUUGCGGAGAACUUGGAACUCUCGGGGCCACUUCUAAUACUCGAAAGUGUCUGCUCCAUGCUCUCCUCUCGAUAAGUGCGUAUAGUCUUGCCAACAACCUCAGGCUCGAAGGACAAAAUAAAGACGUCGACAAGUGGUUGAGAAAGGCUCUGCAGCUUCGCUACAAGGCGAUAGCGUUUCUGAGGGACUCAGUGGAGUGUGAUCUCCAUUCCAAGUCGCGGCCGAAGUACAAAGAGCUCCUAGCCGCCAUGCUGUCUAUGAUCUCGAUUGAUGUUGUCUCAGGGGAUACGGGGACAUGUGGCGUUCACCUGAAAGGCUGCGAGCAGCUCAUCCGCAGCGCCCGGAAGAGCAAGACAAAGUAUUCGGGCAAAGCUCGAGCGCUACAUCGUAUUUUCUUCUAUCUCAGAACUAUCCAUGCAAGCACGACCAUUAACACGGAAGACGCUGUUCAUUCGCCGUCGGAGCAACACUUUAAUAGCGACAGUAGCGUGGGGAGCGACCAUGAAGGUGUCGGCGAGAUGGAAAUUGAGGAUGACUCGUGGCUUGACAUGCAAGAAGACGAACCCAAGGACAUGUCAUCUUGUGACUAUAUCUACGGGGUGCCCCAGAGUCUCUUUGUCCUGAUGAGAAAAGCCGUCCGAGUUGUCCAACACGUUUCACGCUACCGCCGGAAGAAUCCUGGACGGUUGUAUUCUGCCUGUUUGGCCAGAAAGUGCGACGAAGUCGACGAAGAGAUUCUGGACUGGCCGAUCGAACAAGAGCUCAGUCGCAGCCCCAUCAUGGAUCGUGAAGAUGACACGAGCAAGAUUGUUCAGCAUCAAACCAGGGCCUUCCACGGCGCACUCGUUCUCUACUUCUCCCAGAAUGUCAGAUUAAUGCACCAUCGCCACCUGAGGCCGUACGUUGAGAGCGUCCUAUACCACCUGGAAGCAUUCGACACCAUCAGGAACGGCUCGGGCUCUGGGUGUGGGGGGAUUCUUUUCUGGCCAGCUUUCAUCGCGGCGUCCGAGGCCUUCGAUCCUGCUUUGCAAGCACGGUUCAUGGCUUGGUUCGACAGAGCCAAGUCGUACGGACUGCAUUCUCUAUGGGGCGGCAAUGCCAUAGCUCUCGAGGUCUGGAACAAGGACAGUACAAACAAGACUCGCAUCACGAGCCAGUGGCGGACGAUUGCCGAGGAGAGACAGGUCGAGCUGAUGCUUACCUGA